CCCCCUCCCGGUGGUCCGGUCCAGAGACAUCUCCCCGUGCCCCCCUCUCCCGGUGGUCCGGUCCAGAGACAUCUCCCCGUGCCCCCCCCCCCCCCCCCUCCCGGUGGUCCAGUCCAGAGACAUCUCCCCGUGCCCCCCCCCCCCGGUGGUCCGGUCCAUGGAUCCCUCCUGGAUGGAGGUGAAGGAGGAGGCGGACCUGGAGAGCCCCUUCAGGUUCGAGGGGCUGCGCGGGAAAGUCCGCUUCUCCUUCGCGGAGAUCAAAGUGCUCCUGGAGGAGGUGAAGAACCACCGCUUCGUCGUGCUCAAGAAGUUUAACUCGGGUGUGUCGUCUGAGACUAAGAAACAGACGUGGUCUGAGAUCACAGAUAAAGUCAACAGCCUGGGGGUGACAGUAAGAGAGGUGCGCCAGAUCAUGAAGAAGUGGGCGGACCUGAAGUGUGAUGCGAGGAGGCGCAUGCUGGCCAUGCGGGCCCCCAAGGGCCACAAGAAGACCCUGGGCCCCGUGGAGGUCAUGGUGCAGAAGAUCCUGCUGCUGGCGCCGGGCAAGGACGAGGCUGAGUUGGACAUCGAGAGCUUCGAGGAGUACAGCCGACGGAGACCGAGAGCGAAGCCACGAGGACGCCCCCGUCGCCACUCCAUCUCCUCCCCCAAGGAGGAGCUUGUGGAAGACUUCUACCAGUCCUCUCCUGAGAUGAACUUUGACCUGAUCAACGAUGAGACCAUGCCGUUAGACUUUGAGGAGCAGGACGAGCCCCCCCCGGACGUCAAGCUCCCCUACCCCAGCUCCCCCUCCUACGCCCCCUUCCUCCCCCCGCCCCCGUCUCCUUACCCCUCCUCCUCCAACGGCAGCGCCUCCUUCCUCCCCCUCCCCUCCCCCUCCUCCUCCUCCUCCGUCAUGCCGCCUCCCCUCCUCCUCCCUCCCCCUCCUCGCCCCGCCCCUCCGCCCUCGGCCCCGCCCCAGGCCCCGCCCCCGGCCCUGCCCCCCUCCCCCCCGGGGGCGGGGCCGGGGGAGCGCCUGGCCCGGGUGGCGGCCCAGAGCCUGGUGCAGCAGCAGGUGGGCGGGGCCCUGCUGGGCUCGGUGUCGCGCUCCCUGGAGCUGCUGGCGGCGGCCGUGCAGCAGCUGGUGGAGACGCAGCAGGACUUCAUCAGCGAGUCUCUGGAGCAGCAGCGCCACACGCUGGACGUCCUCAAGGACUUCUCCCACAACGCCCUCAGCCUGCUGCGGGACCGGCCCCCGGCCCACGCCCGGCUCCCCCCCUCACACACCCCCGGUCCCCCGACCGGUCCCCCGACCGGUCCACCAACCGGACCACCAACAGGUCCACCAACCGGACCACCAACAGGUCCACCGACCGCACACUACCAGCCUCUGGACCAGAACCAGCACCUGGUCCACAAGAACCAGCUGGACCAGAGCAGCGCCUCCUAA